AUGUCGCAUCAUGCAUUGGGCAAACGCAAGCUGCAGAAUCUUUCUGCAGCACGCGCAGCUGCAGAAGUCAGUGCAGAACCUGGAACCUUUCUUGAGCUGCGGACUUGCCAGAAGGCAUGCUUAAAGGCAUGUGCCCAGGGAGCUCGCAUGCUGGAGCUUGCGUGUGGGACUGGGAAAACACGGAUCAUCCAUGAGCUUGCCGCGAGCACAUCAGGAAGGGUUCUCGUGACGGUUCCUUCGAGAGUUUUGUUGGAGCAGUUUGCAGAGGAAUUUCCAACAUACUGCAAAGUGGGAAUGGGCUACAACAACAAGAUCGACUACAGCGCGGACGGCUUCAUUUCAGUGACAGAUUCUGUGCACAGGUUGGAAAACAUGAGUUUUGAAGCAAUUUUCAUCGACGAAGGGCACCACCCCGACCCGCCUGGCCUGCCACAGGCCACAGAGCUGUACCGAUUUUCGGCAACACUUCAAGACAAGGCGGACUUUCGAUAUACAAUGGGACAGGCAAUUGCAGAUGGCAUACUCUGCGACUACGAUCUCACCGCUAAACGCUUUCAGGAGUACGUGGAGUCGCUGGGCUUGGCCGCGUGGCAUAUGAACGGGAAGACCCCUCUACAUGUGCGGCGCCAGUUGCUGGCUUCAUUUACGGGACCACUGCAGAAGCCGGUACAUGUGCUCGUGACAGUGCAGGUGCUGGGGGAGGAGUCUGCUCCAGUGCAGGUGGAUGCCGCCAAAGUGCUAGCGAACCUAGAGGAGCAGAAGGAAGACCCGUGGGAAAUCCGAGUUCAGGCAGUGGAAUCAUUCGUCUCAGAGCAUGGCAUCCUUCCAGUGGAAAAGUCGAGUAUGAUGCAUGAGAAGUGGUUGGGCGUUUGGUUGCGCAAUGUGGGAGUGCGUGUGAGGAAGAGAAUCCUGCCGGCGCAUCGAGUGCAAAGGCUCAUGAACUCGACGAUGCAUCUGCUCAGAGCACGUGUCUGGGAUUGGUUGGGGGAGGACGUAGUCUUCCAACUGCGCUGCAACAUGCUGAAAGAUUUCGUUCAUCAGCAUGGUGCGCUGCCGAACCUGCUGAAGUCCAGCGGAGAGACUACAGCUGAACAGAAACUGGCUACGUUCCUUGUGAGCUUAAAAAAAGGCUCCUGCCACGUAACCAAGUCCAGACUGAAGCUUUUGAAAGAGCUGCACCCAUUGGUCUCGAAGCUGGUUGAGAGCUGGCAAGGCAGCCCUAAGAUCGUCAUCAUGAGCACAUGGCAGCAGCGGGCAUCUGCAUUGAAGAGCUUUGUUCAGCAAGCUGGAAGGCUGCCUAACUUCAAGCUUGAAACAGAGAAGCAAAUUUACUGGUGGCUCUGCGCGCAGAAGUACAGAUUUCUUAUGUUGCCAAGGACUCUACAAGAUCAGCUUUUGGACAUUCCCGCCGUCAAAGAGUUU